AUGUACAAUGGUCGAACAGACCCUGUGGAACAUGUUAGUCACUUCAAUCAAAGAAUGGCUGUGCACUCCAAGAACGAGGCCUUGAUGUGCAAAGUGUUCCCAUCUAGAUUGGGGCCUGUGGCGAUGAGGUGGUUCAAUGGUUUGGGUGUGGGUUCCAUUGGUUCCUUUAAGGAACUCACUCAGGCGUUUAGAUCCCGCUUUAUCAUGUGCAGUAGGGUUCCUCGGCCCUUAGAUUCCUUGUUGUCCCUGUCCAUGAGAGAAGGGGAGACCCUGAAAACAUACUCGAACAGAUACUUGGAGAUGUUUAAUGAGAUAGAUGGUGACUUUGAUGACAUAGUCAUCAGGACUUUUAAGGUUGGCCUACCUACCAAGCAUGGCUUGAGGAAGUCUUUGACUAGGAAGCCCGUUACUAAUGUAUGCCAGCUUAUAGAUUGGAUUGAUAAAUAUAAGAGGGUUGAGGAGGACCAAUAG